AUGGAAAGAACAGUUAUUGAAGAUUCAACUGCAUCAAACAUGCUUUCUUCUAGUAUCGAGCGACAAAAGAAAACUAUUUCAAGUAAAUGUAAAAUUUGUGGAGCUCCAGCUCGAUAUUCUUAUUAUGGUGCCAUUAUUCCAACAUUAAAUCUCUUAGAAUCUGAUCAAUCAAUAUUAAGUGUGGAUCAAUGGAAUCUUUUAUCAAAUUUAGUUCAUCGUUUCGAUGAAAAUAGUGGAUAUGCAUUUGUCGAACGUUUUAUAGAUCAACAAAAUCGAUUACCUCUCAAAUUACGUUUCAAACAUUCGUCAGUUAAUGAUUUUUUUACGUCGAUGAAACGUAAUAUUCAACUCGUAUUCGAAAAAAAUCGUAAUUUUCUUUCAUUAUCUCAUCAUGAUCGUACAGCAUUACUUCGAUCUACAGUAGAAUAUACAACAAGUGUUGGUGGUAUGUUUACAGUACGUCAGUACAAAUUAUUUGAUUAUCCACCUUUUUAUGAAUCUGCUGAAAUGAUAUUUCAACCAUCUGCAGCAAAGUUAACCAAAUGUGUUAUUGAUCAACUUGAUCCAGAUAAUACAUUUAUUAAACUAGUACUUGCAAUAGUUGCUUUCUCAACAAUCAAUUAUACUGUAUAUAGAAAAAACAUUCAGAUUGGUUUCACAAAUAUCAAAGCAAUUUUACCUAUUCAAGAUAUGUAUACUGAUUUAACAUGGCGGUAUCUUUUAUAUAAGUAUGGUCAUCGUGAAGCUGUGAUACGUUUUUCAAAGCUUUUAAGAUGCCUUUUUCUUGUGAUCUGGGUCAUUGUUGAAGCACAUGAAUCACAAAAGUUUACAGAGAUGAUUGAUUAUGUGAUUGAACAAACUGAACAAACACUCUGUUUAUAG